CAGCCGCAAAAAGAGAGAAGGCGCGCGGAAACUCGUCUUCGCUCUUUCCCGUCCUCCUCCCGCCUGAGGGCCAGCACUGCAGAGAUAGCGCUCUUCCGCACCGGGGAAAGGCAGGCAAGGCAGGCGGGCGGGCGGGCGGCUGCCGCUCAGCUGGAGAGCAGCCGCCGCCACCAGAGGGGUUGCAUCUUCAGUGCCGCGACGACGGAGGAUUUUUCCUCCUCUGGAGGAGUUUUGUCCUCGCCUCAGAACAGCGAUUGACGCCCUUUCCCUGCAAUGGAGCCGGCUGGAACACCUCUCACGGGGCCGGCAGCCGCAGGGAACUCGGCAUUCUUUUUGGCGGGGAACGAGCAGCAGUAUUUCUCCGAGCUCUUUUCGCUUUGUGGCGGCGGCGGCGGCCAGCCUACUCCCGAGACGGGGCCGGGAUUGGGCCUCCCCGCUCUGGGGGGCAGUAAAGUGGCAGAAUUGUUCAGAGCGUCACAGCUCCCCGCGGAGAUGCUCCAUCAGAUUACAGACUUGUGUGGUGCUAAACAUGUCGGUUAUUUUGGUCGUACUCAGUUUUAUGCUGCUAUGAAGCUUAUAGCUGCUGCACAGUCUGGUCUCCCAGUACGAAUAGAAAGUAUUCAGAAUGAAUUACCUUUACCUCGAUUUAGUGCUCUGAAAAGUGAUAGUGAAAUAAAAUAUAUCAAUCCAUCAGAAGCACAUGGAGCAAAGUUUCAGAGUCUACAUACAACCUUUGAGAUAAAUUGCUUCAGAAAACCAGGUGAAGAAGAAAAACAGGAAGAAGCAAAGUCUCCCCCUAUGUCUCCCAUUGGUUCCCAUCCUGCUUCUCUCUCAACUUACCAGAGAAUUCCUUUGGGAUAUGGAUAUUGUAUAUUGAGAAGUGGGCUCGAGCAACAACGCGGAGGUUCCUAUGAAGCUAGGCAUUCUAUUCAAGAUGGAUUGACUUCAGAGAAUUAUGGGCCCAAAUCAAUGCCAACUCGCUCAUGUGUUAUUCAGCCUCUUUUAGUAGAAAGAGAAUCACAGGACAGCAGUAGUAAUUACCCAGAUGACCUUUGGAGGGUAACCGAGGAACAACGAGAGUAUUAUAUCAAUCAGUUCAAGACUUUACAACCUGAUCUCAACUCUUUCAUUUCAGGUUCUGUAGCUAAGAAUUUCUUUACAAAAUCUAAAUUGCCGAUUCCUGAACUUUCACACAUAUGGGAACUUAGUGAUGUUGACUGUGAUGGAGCAUUGACGUUAGCAGAGUUCUGUGCUGCCUUUCACCUUGUUGUUGCUCGGAAGAAUGGCUAUCUUUUGCCAGACAGCUUGCCAGAGACGCUCUUGCCUGACUAUCUUCAUGCAGCUUCCCAUAAACCUAAAGGUGAAUAUGUACUGAAUUCUUAUUCAGAAUCAUUGUCAGUAAGUCAAUCAACAAGAGACUUCAAUAGGACUGAGCUCGAAACCGUAUGCGAAGUUCCAAAUAACUCACAGCUACUGAUUCUGUUUGAGGCAACCUCUGUUCAACCACCUUCAAUUGAUGAGAAAUCUGUUAAAGCUGCCCUGAUUCAGGAUACGAUUACUGAUGAUAAACAAGUUGUUCAAGAAUCAAAGACACUUAAAACAAGACCAAGGUCCAGGUCUUACUCCAGCACAUCUGUUGAAGAUACAAUGAACAAAGGGGGAGAACCACCAGCUCCACCACCACGACCUCGAAAAUCACAUUCCAGAGCCUCCUCUUUAGACUUAAAUAAAAUUUUCCAGCAAAACACUCAAGUUAGAUCAGGCUGGAUACCACCACCACCUGCUCUACCUCCCAGGCCCUUUAUAUCACAGGUUUCUCUUCCUGUCAUAAAUACUGAGCCAAGCACUCAACCCAAAUCAAGCUAUAUGAACUUCAGUCUUCAGGAACAGAUAGAACAAGACUCUGAAAUAAACUCACAUUUGCCAGUGAAUAUGUCCCCAUCACAAGAAAGCAGCCCAGCAAAAAAGGACCUUGUACUUACUCAGCUACCAUCAAAGCCAAUUCACAGGAAAUUCCGACCUGAAAGCCACAUGCUGGAGAACCAGGAACUUUCUCCAGUGAAAAGUGCAACCGCUUCUUCCUUACCUACCGUCAAACCUCACCAUGCAUUUCCAAAACCGUCUUCAAAGCAGAAGAAAGCUAUUCAGACUGCUAUUCGUAAAAACAAAGAAGCUAAUGCAGUGCUAGUUCGGUUGAACAGUGAACUCCAGCAACAACUGAAGGAAGUUCACAAGGAACGAAUUGCACUGGAAAUUCAACUGGAGCAACACCGCCCUGUAACUGUCUUAUGACAUUAUUUUUACACAGUUUGUUCUAUGAAUCAUGGCACUUUGUAUAAUACGUUGGCAUAUGUUUUUUCUAAUAAGGCAGCUUCAUCUGGAAAAAAUAGUUGCCAGGUAUCUUUACAUUUCUUGUACCACUUACCUUAUUGGCAAGAAGAUGCACACCAUCCAAAUGGCAACCAUAGUACCUAGACUAUUUCCCCACUAAUCUAGCCAAACCUUUAUUUCCAAAGGACAUGGAGAAGGACAUUUAUAUUGUGCAUCUGUGUAUCGAACAAAUUAGUUUAUAUUUUGCUUAAUGUUGAUUCAUAUUUUAUUAUUUUCAUACGCUUUCUAUAAGCAUUUAUAGCACAUUGUAUUUAUCGUGUAUAUCUUCCUAGUCUCCCCUCCCUUGUUUUUAUGAUUACUAAUCACCUUUGGUAGAAAGCACAACUCUUGUAUUGAUAAAAUAUAUCCGCACUCUUCUCUCUACAACUUACCGAUGCAUAUCAAUUCCUUGCCUAUUUCUGAAAGCUGACAUGCUGUCACUGUUCCCAUAUAUCUGCUGCAGUUUGAAAGAAGCAAUGUACAGUGGCCUGCAGCCAUAGUUUAAUACACUGUGCACAAUUAUUAGGCAAGUUGUAUUUUGGAGGAUUUAUUUUAUUAUUGAACAACUAAGCUCUCAAGUCAAUCCAAAAAUGUUAAUAAAUCUCAAACCU